GCACUGGGCGCCCCCCAAAUAUACAAAGAAAGAACAUCAGCAACUUGCCGACUUUCACCAUCCUCUCGAAACACGCGGGCCCAUGACUCCCACGAUGCAGGCCUCUUGAUCGCGCUCCCACACAGCUGAUCUGGUGACUUUUGCCUCCUGCACGGCCCUGCAAGGGGGGGCCUGCGACGGCACACGUGUACUGUGCUGUACCUACCCGAGGCAGAUAGUUGAGCGCCCCACGUCGCUUCAUCCACGAGGCUUGAGCUGACGGCGCUGAGCCGCCUGACAGGUCCGCCCUGGCGCCCGCCUAUACGUAACCCGGCUCCUCGGGCCCACGGCUGGCCUGCCCUGUCUCACACUUCCGUCAUCGCCGGGCCUGUCACAUCACCACCAUCCACCAUCCAUCUGGUCACACUAGUGCAGGUCCCUCCUUCCCAGUGUGACAUGAUGGGCACCGUCGCAAGGAUCGCCGCCGUGGUCCUGGCCAUCUCGUUCAUGACCUUUGUCGCCUUCUUCGGCCGUCUGCCCGCGCUGAGGAACACGCCCAUCGCAUGGCUGCACCGCGCAAUAUGGGUCCACUUUCCCAACGCCGUCCUGGCCGUCGACCGGAAGCUCACGGGCGGGCGCUUCACCGAGUCGCUGGUGCGCUUCGGCCGCUUCAUGAUGCACGAUAGACACCCCACCGUCAUGAUAUUCUUCUUCGUCCUCCUGGCCGCGUCCGAGGCCGUGGCGCUGCCCUACGCCUGGCCGCAGCUCACGACGGCGCAGCAGGCCACCACGGUCGUCACCGUGGCGCUCCCUUACCUCUUCCUCUACCUGUGCGCGGCGGUGGACCCGGGCUACGUGACGGCCGAGACGCACCGGCGGCACAUGUCGGCGUACCCCUACGACUUCACCCUCUUCCACCCGGGCCAGGCCUGCCGCACGUGCGGGCUACUCAAGCCGCCGCGCAGCAAGCACUGCUCCGUCUGCAAGCGCUGCGUCGCGCGCAUGGACCACCACUGCAUCUUCAUCAACGGCUGCGUCGGCGCCGGCAACGUGCACUGGUUCCUGCUGCUGCUACUGUCCACGGCCGUCCUGACCCUCUGGGGCGGCACCCUGGCGCUCUCGCUCGUCGCCCGCCGCAUCCGCGGGCGCGUGCCGGACUUUUCGCUCCUGUGGUGGCGGAGCGGCGGCGGCGGCGGAACCGGCGGGAUGGACCUCGCGACCUACUUCGUCCUCUGGGCCUGGGCCAUCCAGCAGCAGGUCGAGCUCGGCGCCGUCGGCCUGCUCGCCACGCUCUGCAGCCCGCUCGUCUGGGGCCUGCUGGCCUACAACCUCUGGAACGUCUGGUGCGGCGUCACCACAAACGAGUCGCUCAAGUGGUCCGACCUCGGCGAGGACAUGGCCGACGGCCUGGCCUUCAAGCGGCCCGUCCCGCCGGGCCGCCUGCGCGACCUCCGCUUCGAGGCCGCCUGGACGCCCUGGCCCGUCGAGCCCCAGCAGGUGGUGAUACGCUCCGGCGACGGGAACCCGCCCCCGGUCGAGGGGGGCGGCUUCCCGGGCCGCGGCGAGUGGGAGCAGGUCUGGAAGCUCAAGGAUGUCGAGAACCUAUACGAUCUCGGCUUCUGGGACAACCUGCGCGACGUCUUUGGGCCCGCGCGCACAGACCACGAGAGGGACGUGAUAGUGCCCGCCCGGGACGAGGGGAGGGCCAAGAGGCGGCGCGUGAGGUGAGCGGUGACGGCGGGGAGGGGUGCAUCAAGCGACUAUACGAUCGAGAUGGAUGUAUAUAAAGUGAGGGUUGGUAACGUGACCGAUUCCAUGGUCUAAAGGAGUCGGAGCUGCCAGGCUCGCAGACGGACGGCCUACUGCUUACUAUAUACGACUGUUGGAAAAACAACCAUAAACAAGUUAUAGACUCUAGCGAGGUAUAGAGCGAGGAGAUGGUUACAUUGCACAGAAGACAUAUAGAGAUAUUGGUUUUUUUUUUUU